GGACCGGGGCUCAAUGGGAACAGGCUAACUUAACCCUGGCUAGCGUUCAGACUGGGAUCCUAGCUAGGCUAUCCGGGCUAACACGGCUAAAGUACUCGGCUGAAGUGUUUGAAACCCGACAGUCUCGUGAUAACAGCGGGACUGUACUUUGGUGCAUGGGAAGCGGCGACGUUCUCCGCGGCUGGAAACAAACUCUUCCAAGGUGGCGACAGACAAGGUUGCUGGUAAGCUGAGUUCUACUCUCUCAUGGGUGAAGAACUCGGUGUCCCACACGGUCAGUCAGAUGGCUAGCCAGGUGGCCACACCCACGUCCCUGCCGACCACUGCUACGUCCUCCUCUACGUCUCUGUCCUCGCCUGCCCUGUCACCGUUGUCGCCAGCACUACUCAGUCCCGAUGAGGAGGAACUGCUCGCCAAGCUGGAGGAGCAAAACAGGUUGUUGGAGACAGACAGCAAGUCGCUGCGCUCAAUGAACGGCUCCAGGCGGAACAGUGGGUCCUCCCUGGUGUCCAGCUCCUCCGCUUCCUCUAACCUCUCCCACCUGGAGGAGGACUCGUGGAUUCUGUGGGGAAGAAUUGUCAACGAGUGGGAGGAUGUGCGCAAGAAGAAGGAGAAGCAGCUGAAGGAUCUUGUCAGAAAAGGGAUUCCUCACCACUUUCGGGCAAUAGUGUGGCAGCUGCUGUGCAACGCCCAAAGUAUGCCCAUCAAAGAUCAGUACUCUGAACUCCUGAAAAUGACAUCGCCCUGCGAGAAGCUGAUUCGCAGAGACAUCGCUCGCACUUAUCCUGAACAUGAUUUCUUCAAGGAGAAGGACAGCUCGGGUCAGGAAGUGCUCUUCAAUGUCAUGAAGGCAUAUUCUCUGGUGGACCGGGAGGUCGGAUAUUGUCAAGGUAGUGCAUUCAUUGUCGGACUGCUACUCAUGCAGAUGCCAGAGGAAGAGGCUUUCUGUGUGUUUGUGAAGUUGAUGCAAGACUACAGAUUGCGAGAGCUCUUUAAGCCCACCAUGGCGGAGCUGGGACUCUGCAUGUACCAGUUUGAGUGCAUGAUCCAGGAGCAACUCCCAGAGCUGCAUAUGCAUUUCCAGGCUCAAAGCUUUCACACCUCCAUGUAUGCGUCUUCUUGGUUCCUCACCAUCUUCCUCACAUCCUUCCCUCUGCCUGUUGCCACAAGAAUCUUUGAUAUCUUCAUGUGUGAGGGUCUGGAGAUAGUUUUCCGUGUGGGACUGGCCAUCCUUCAGAUGAACCAGACCGAACUCAUCCAACUCGACAUGGAGGGAAUGUUACAGCACUUUCAGAGAAUUAUCCCAAACCAGCUUGACAGCGGCCCAGAUAAGGUCAUCCAGGCUGCUUAUCAAGUCAAGUACAAUGCCAAGAAGAUGAAAAAGUUAGAGAAAGAAUACACUACAAUCAAAUCUAAAGAAAUGGAGGAGCAGGUGGAGAUAAAGAGGCUGCGGACAGAGAACAGGCUCCUGAAGCAGAGGAUAGACACACUUGAGAAAGAAAGUGCUUCCUUGGCAGAUAGAUUGAUCCAGGGACAAGUGACUCGAGCUCAGGAGGCAGAGGAGAACUACCUGGUCAAGCGGGAGCUGGCCACGGUCAAACAGCAGAGCGAAGAGGCCAGUGGUCAGCUGGAGCAGGCCAAGAACACCAUCAGGCAGCUCCAGCAGCAACCACAAGCGAAGGGAGCCCCUCGAUACUCGGAGGAGUCCGUCCUGCAGCUGGAGACGGAGCUUGUACAAGCGCGACUGAAGGAGGCAGAGUCCCAGUGUGCACUCAAGGAGAUGCAAGACAAGAUUCUUGAUAUUGAAAAGAGGAACACAUCCCUCCCAGAAGACACCAACGUAGCACGGCUACAGGAGGAGCUGAUCGGGGUGAAGUUGCGGGAAGCGGAAGCCCUGACUGGCCUGAAAGAGCAGAGACAGCAGGUCAGAGACCUGGAAGAGCACUGGCAGCGUCACAUGGCACGCACAGCUGGUCGCUGGAAGGAUGCCCCAAAGAAAAAUACUAUGAGUGAGCUACAGGACGAGCUGAUGAGCGUAAGGCUGCGUGAGGCUGAGGCCCAAGCAGAGCUCCGAGAAACACGGCAGAGGAUUCUGGAACUGGAGACACAGAAUCAGAUUCACAGCAACCACCUGCGACGGGGGGAGCAGGAGAGUCGCAGUCACCAGGAGCGAGUGCAAACACUGACGGUGCAAAAUAAAGAUCUGCAUGUGCAACUGCAAGAGAUCAAGCGGAGACAAGCUGAGAUUGAAUGCAAGAGCAAGGAGGAAGUGAUGGCUGUGAGGUUGAGGGAAGCUGACAACAUUGCUGCUAUGGCAGAACUCCAGCAACAGAUCUCGGAGCUUGAGAUUGAGAAAGAAGAAGAGAAGGUCCAAGGCCAUCUGAACCACACAGACUCGAGCCAGUACAUCCGUGACCUCAAAGACCAGAUAUCGGAACUAAAACAUGAGAUCUUCUCCUUGAAAGGAAAGAGGAGUUUGGCCAAUCAGCCCAGUUUUGAUGGGAUCCACAUUGUCAAUCACUAUGUAGGGGACGAGUCUUACCAGUCUUCAGAUGAAGAUGGAGUCAAGGCGCCCACCCUCCAGGACAACCAGCCGAGGAGCAGCACCCGCGUCAGACUGCGUCCCAACAUCAGGGAUACCGACAGCGAUGAGGAAGAGGAGGAGGAAGAGGAUGACGACGGGGAGGCCCUGCGGCUCUCAGUGCCUCCGAGCGGCAGCCACAAGUCCACCACCGAUGACACAGUUACUCUUUAUUACGCACAGAGGCCACACUCCUCGGUGUCGGCCCGUCGCUCUCCUCCGGCCAGCAGCAGCAGCUCGGGGCCUGUCGCCGUCAUCCUCCACUUUUAUCGGCUCUGGCUUCAUAUCUCCACCGACACGUUGUCCGGAUGCAGCGGCCGGGACUCCUCUCUGCAGCUGGAUCUUCAUCAGCACCGCAGCUUUCGGGCCACAUCAGAGAUGCCUCGCUCCUUCUUGGUGAAGAGUAAGAGGGCGCACAGCUACCACCAGCCCCGCUCUUUGGUGGACGAAUACAGCAGGCUGGACUCGCUACUGGCGCAUAUAUGCUCAGAGCCGGAUACACUCCCCGAUGACACCGACAUGACGGUGGACAGUUACGGGCUCUCUCCGGAUUCCCCUCUGGCCGACGUAGCCGACUACUGCCCCAAGACCCCGCUGAGCUGCCCCGGCAGUCUGUGUGCUCCGUCCCCGGACUACGAGGACAUCUGGAGGCCUCCGUCUCCCUCUGCAUCGCCAGCCGACUCGGACAAAUCUCUGUCCCCCCUUGUGGACGAGACCCAGCCCUUCACCGUGCCCUUCCGGCCGUACGCCUGGACCAGCUACCAGGGACCCGGGCUGAGGCCCCCGGUGCAACAGAAUCUCCACCGCCACCCCGGCCUGGAGGUGGAUAGGGGCGCGGCGGCGAUUUCCUUCUACGGAGAUCAUGGCACGCACUCGGCGCUGUACACGGAGCGCGUCCUAGGCGAGGAGGCGUACGGUGAAUACAGGAGACACGCCGCCGCCGCUGCCGCCGCCGCCGCUCUGCUGUUUCCUGACGGAGGCCUGCAGGGAACAGCGCACGGUGCCAAGGCCCCGUCUGAGCUGCUGUGUCCCAGCCUCAUCUCGAACGGUGCCUACAAGUGCAUCAAGUGCAGUAAGGUGUUUUCCACUCCACACGGUUUAGAAGUCCACGUCCGGAGGUCGCACAGCGGCACCAGGCCGUUUGCGUGCGACAUGUGCGGGAAAACCUUCGGCCACGCAGUGAGCCUGGAGCAGCACAAAGCCGUGCACUCGCAGGAGAGAAGCUUCGACUGCAAAAUCUGCGGCAAGAGCUUCAAGAGGUCGUCCACGCUGUCCACGCACCUGCUCAUCCACACCGACACGCGGCCGUACCCGUGUCAGUUCUGCGGCAAGCGGUUCCACCAGAAGUCCGACAUGAAGAAGCACACGUUCAUCCACACGGGCGAGAAGCCGCACAAAUGUCAGGUGUGUGGGAAAGCGUUCAGCCAGAGCUCCAACCUCAUCACGCACAGCAGGAAACACACCGGCUACAAACCGUUCGGCUGCGACCUGUGCGGCAAAGGGUUCCAGAGGAAGGUGGACCUGAGGAGACACAAGGAGACGCAGCACGGACUGAAGUGAAGGAGACACUGUGUCCUCCCAUGGUCUGACCACACACAGACGGACAUUUUACGCAGAGAGACAUUUUACGCAAAGACAUUUAAAUCCCAAAUCGCCCUGUUUGAGGACAUUGCUUGGAUUAAAGGACCACGCCGAUUCUCUAUUUAAAAAAACUUAAAUGUGAAAAGCGCAUUGAGAAUAUAUUUAAUUAUUGUUUCUAUUUAUUCUAUCAAAGAAAUGGUGAAAUAGACAAACGGGUUUUUUUCAUUGUGAAGACAUGUGAGCAACACUAAACUCCAGGCUGCUGUCAGGCCCAAAGAAAAGCUUUGACUGUGACAUGAUGAAUAAAAACCCAUGAGUAUGAU